UUGAGGUCAGGUGGUAAUGACUGUGGUGAUUCUACACCUAUUGAAGCAAGCCGUCUCGCAAAACAUGAUACAGGUGCAUCCGCCUUCAAUCCACAAAACAUGCGGAGCCAGUUUCACAGAGAGAAGUUUGCUUUGAAAAAGACGAUACUCGUACAGCGAUGUGUAAAGACGGCACGAGCAGAAAUAUUAAAUAAAGAGGAAGAAGGUUUUAUAGAAGGAGAAGAUGGAGAGCCAACAUACGCUAUAAAACAACGAGAAGUCGCUGAUGCUGUUGAUCUUGGAAACGCUAAUAAGUACUUCGAACUCCACCUGGAGAACUAUGGACCGUAUCGAGUUUCCUACACAGAUAAUGGUCGUCAUCUUUUGUUAGGAGGGAAAAAAGGUCAUAUAGCAGCACUGGACUGGCAAACAAAAACUCUUCAUUGCGAGAUAAAUGUGAUGGAAAUUGUCCGAGAUGUUCAAUGGAUGCAUUUGGAGAACAUAUUUGCUGUAGCACAACGACAUUAUACGUACAUAUAUGAUAAUCAAGGAACGGAGAUUCAUUGUGUGAAGCAACUGCAUAAGAUUCGCAGGCUUCAAUUUCUCCCACGACACUUUCUUUUGGUAGCAUGUUCUGACGCUGGAUGGCUACAUUGGCUCGAUGUUUCAAUAGGAAAACUGGUAGCAUCUUUUCCGACACGAAUGGGUUCGUUAGGUGUAAUGUGCCAGAAUCCAGCCAAUGCUAUAAUUCACACGGGACAUGACAAUGGUACUGUAUGCCUGUGGUCACCGAAUGUAAAGGAACCACUGGUAAAAAUUUUGGCACAUCAGGCAUCCAUCAGAGGAGUAGGCGUCGAUCAGACAGGGAAGUACAUGGUGACAACUGGGCUGGAUAGGAAAUGCAGGGUGUGGGAUGUACGUAUGUAUAAACAACUCUAUGGCUAUUCACUUCCAUUUGGUCUUUCUGAUGUUGCUAUCAGUCAGCGUCUAUCUGUAGCAUGUGCCAUCGGAAACAAUGUGCAGAUCUUCAAAGAUAUGCACCUUGGUGUGUGUCAUGAACCAUACCUUGCACAUCGACUUGAUGGUCCAGUUUCUGACCUCGCCUUUGUUCCCUACGAAGAUGUCCUAGGUGUUGGCCACGCUGGUGGAUUCACAAGCAUGCUUGUGCCAGGAUGUGGCGAGCCCAAUGUUGAUGCGGUGCAAGCGAAUCCAUAUGAGACUAAGAAACAGCGCAGAGAGCGUGAAGUGAAACAACUACUUGAUAAACUCCAACCUGAGCUAAUUUCGCUCGAUCCGAGGGACAUCACUCGUGUUAAUGAAGACUUAUUAGAGCGCCAAAUGGAAGAAAGGAAAAAAAUCUUAUACGUAAGGCCAGUUCAUAUAGAGUACACUCUGAAGCACAAGAUGCGUGGUCGUGGAACAGGUUCUCACAAGGUUUGUUCCCCUAUUCUUUGA